AUGCAGUUGAAGCUUCUAUGCUUUAUCUCUCUUGUGGCCUCCACCCUCGCGGCGGAUGACUACAUUGUUACAUCUCUGAACGGCAUUAGUCAGAGUGUGCGCGGUGUAGACAAGGGGCUCAUCAACUGGAAGGGAGAUUAUACUGGCAUCCUACGACUUAUCGAGCAGUCACGCGGAGUCGUCACCGCCGUCGUUGCCGUCGUUGCACCUCGCACCUAUAAUCCCCCCACAGACGACAUAUUGCAGAUGAGGCAAAACGCUUCUCAGUCUCUGGCAGCAGACGUGGACGUGGCCAUUAACAGCGGUAUUGCUGCUAAACCGAAAGUCGACAAACUUAUUAUACCUAUCAAGCCCGCCAUUUUGGUCGUUCUCAAGAGUUCGCAAGCUGGGUUCUCGGCUCUAAGCAAGAUCUAUUUAGCUGAUGUUCCGGCUGAGAAGAAGAAUGCAAGCCAGGCCUUUUUUAAUAAGAUCAAUGAUAGCUUAGAGAAUUGUUAUAAAGCUUAUCAGUCCUGA